CUUCGCAGCCCUGUUACCUGAUACGCGGAGGGAGCGCGCAUCUCUGUGGGCUCCUCUGCUCGCUGAAGCUCAUUCAUCCGCUACCGCGGCACUCUGUUGCCAUGGCAAUGUGAUGCAGACGGAGGAGGGAGGCUGGGAGGAGGGAGGCCCUGCGUGACGUCUGCACUCCUCGCAGCUCAUCUCUCGCGGCCUCCCAGUUCUUGCCUAUUUUGGAAGACAGCCGCAGCCCUUCUGCUGAUGCGCGCGCGCUGGCGCCUUUUUAAGGCAACUGGCAGAGUGGCUGCUUCGCCAGAGCUCAGGAGCUGCCCCCGCCCCUGCGCGGCGGAGUCCUGGCCGGCCUUGGAAGCCCCCCGGAGCCAUGCUCCACCCUAUUUCCAUCCUAACGUCCUCCACCUUUGUGGGGACACUUCAACCUUGGAGAGAGGAGGUCUUGCCCUUAACCCUUCGUCCCCUGCCCCCAAGAGGGGAGAGUGUCUUAUAGAAACCUUGGAAGGAAACAAGAUGCCAGGCCUAUCCGUGCUUGGAGAUCCUACGGACAAGGCCACAAGAGAGACAACGCCAGGUGAGGACCUCGCGGCCCUUGGGCCUCUUUUCAGCCCUCGAUUAAGCCAUUUAUUCUUGGGGCUUAGUUUGAAGUAGAAUUGGGAUUCCAGGAAAACUCAGCCCUCUCACUGAACUGAAAGGGAAACCGAGGCACAGAGAAGGGUAAUCAUUGGCUAGAGUCACAUGGCUAGGUCCUGGAGGAGCAUAGACCCGAGCCUGGGGAGCCUGGCUUCCUGGCCCCGGGAAAGCCCCCUAUUCCUUAAUGCUGAAGACUACUGAUAGGUUGUAUUCCUCCUUCUCCCUUGCCCUGCACCCAGCCAAGGGUUAGGUAACUCCUCCUCCUACCAGCUGUCGUUUCUCCUCCAGCAACAUCCAGAUCUUAGGUGGGUUUUCUGGACCAAUGGCCUUUCUGGACAAACUUCUGGAUCCCAUGGACUCCAUGACGAGCUUGUUGCUUAUAAAUGCUGCUUCCAUUGAAGGCUUCUUGCAGCUCACCAGCUCUCUGGAACAUUCUGGAGUUAAACCUCUCCUAGACGGUCUGCAAGUGCCACUUGGUUUCUGGAUGGAAAUGUGGCCUGCUGGACACUGGCAGGCCUCCCCAGAGCCAUGUGGACCCAGCCCCUUGGACCCUCUGCCAGUCCUGACGACACCUGACAGAGGACACAGCAUGAUGUACUUGGCCAUUCUUGAGAUGUGCGAUUUCCAGACAUCUGCAGGUCUCCAUUCUGGACCAGAGUUGGGGAUCCAGAGUGGAUCUGAUCUAGAUCAGCAUUUUUCCGUUCAGUUUGUAACACCUUUUCCUGGAGCCUUGGAUGGCGCUUCCAAGGGGCACCCAUUGCCAGGGUCAAGCCUUCAAUGCACAAAGGGGGAAACUGAGGCAAUCUUCAAAGAGACGUCAUUUGCCAAGGUCACAAGGCAAAGCAGUAUAUUUGUUGCUGAGAUUAGGACCCAGAACACUGCCUCCUCACCCCAGAGGCCAGCCUUUGAAUGACACACAGGUCACGGCAAAUACAUAUUUCCGGACCUACAGUCUCGAGCUGUGGCUGUGGCCCUUGGGUUCCUUCAUUCUGCACUAGCCUUCAGUCACCCGAGAGAGAUGACCUCAAAUGAGCUCCCACUUCAGUUGGGCCUCUGAGACUCUCUGCAAGUGGGUGUCUGGGCUAGACUGUGGGUCCACCUAUGGCUGCCUGGGGGACCAUGCUGACAGGAUUUUCUUCCCUCCACAAGACUGAAUGACGUUAAGGAGUCUGCAGACAUUAGUGACUUCAGGCUGUGCAGACCAGUCUCAGGAUGAGCAGGGGUCUGUGUUGUGCAUUUUGGACCCCAUCAGACUCCUCCAAUGGUGAGUCCCCUGAUGAAGUAGGUACGAACCCGUAAGAACAGCCCUGCCUUGGUUGGAUCUAAUGAGGGAAAAAGCCAGUGAACUACUUGCUUGCCACUGAGCUACAGGCUUGGUGUUCAGGGAUCCCAGGUGACUCUGCUCACCCAGAAUUGGGAAGCAUGGUCCCCUGGAGACUCCAAGCUCCCUCAGACCCUAACACUGGGCACAUGGGCUCAGCCAUGCCUGAAACUGGUUUUCAGCUUUGCUGUAUUCAAAUUCUAAAGCCAAGUGUGACCAGGAUACAGAGACACUCACGAGGCUAGAUAGGGGAGGAUGGUCCUUUAAGGCCAAGUGUUCUAGUGCUCUUUCACUUUGCAAACAGGCAAGGGGAGGCCCGGAGAAAAGAGAAGAGAAGAGAAGGGAAGGGAAGGGGCUUGCCUGGUACCCCCUGUGGCAGCUAGGGCUAGAACCCACAUCUCCUGAUCCUUCUGCCUGGGACUCUUCCUCUGCCUUAAACACAAUCUGCUGGCACUGGGGCUAAGCUCACUUCCUCUUCAUCCCAGAUCUCUGAAUCCUUGGCAGAGGAAUCCUCAGCCAGGGCUGGGCCAUUCAGGAGCUUUCCCCUCACCAGAUGGUCCUUUCCUCUGCAGCUUCCUGGUGUCCCCUUCCCACCCACACAGUGCUCAUCCUUUCCUAGUUCCAGAAGCUUCUCCAGCGACAGGCCAGCACAGCUGCUUCUCUGUCUUAGCCAACUGUGGCUGCAGAAUUUGCAGGGGUGGGGGUGUCCCCAGCUCUCUGCUCUUGGAGUGUCUUCUUUGUUGCUCUUGGGGUUUUCUUUCUACCUCUGGACCAGGCCUAUUGAUCAUCUCUGAGCUUUAAAUCCCUCUGUCUUUCCUGGCCCCUUUUGGGCUGCUUCCUGAAGAUGCUUCUUCUGUAUGCCCAGGGCCACUGGGAGUGAUCAGCCCACAAUCCCGUCUGCUCUGGGGGUUCUAAUGAGCUGAUCCCCUCGCCACAUACAUAAGGCAUGGGUAGCUGCUGCACUGGUAAACUCUAUGUCACUGGGGACACUCAGGUGCUAUUACAGAUGAGCAUAAAUCUGGGGUCCAUGCUGCCCUGCAAACCUGGUUCACAGGGAGCACUGGGGUAUGGAAAAUAGGAGCCAGCAUUUAAGCUGGGUAAGAACACGAUCAGAUUGGCUUCUAGAAAUAUGACCAAGGAUUUCAAUUGUUGACUCCUGAAGAAUACAUUGGUACUGGCCUAGAUGCUGCAUUCUGCUUUUGAGGGACGUAUGGAUGCCCAUUGAUACACAGGAAGGGGUCUGAUUCCAAACCCCCAGGGUCACCUGGUGACUCCACUGAUAUCUUUAUUCCUCUCUUUGAGAUAUUUCAGCCCCUACCCCAGCUGCCUCCACCUGGUACACACAGACCAAGAAUGCAGGAAGCACACAGGACUAUGAACCCAAGCGAGUCAUUUCUGUUUAGUCUUAUUGAAAAUAUACUUUCCUUAAGAUAAUAGCCGCUCCCAUUCAUAUCCAACACUUACCCUGUUCCUUUCAUGCCUAUGAGUUUGUUCUGAGUGCUUUGAUAAAUCAGUUCACCUAGUUCUUCUUGUUUGUUUGUCUGUUUUUUUGUUUCGAGACAGGGUUUCUCUGUGUAACUUUGGCUAUCCUAGAAUUUGCUCUGUAGACCAGGCUGUCCUCCAACUUCAUAGAGGUCUGCCUGCCUCUGCCUCACCUAGUUCUUUUUUUGUUUGUUUGUGUGUUUGUUUUUUGUUUUUUUUCCUCGAGACAGGUUUUUCUAUGUAAUGUUGGAGCCUGUCCUGGAAUUCACUCUGUAGACUAGGCUGGCCUUGAACUCAUAGAGAUCCUCCUGCCUCUGCCUCCUGAGUGCUGGGACUAAAGGUGUGCACUACCACUGACUGACCCUCACCUAGUUCUUGCAUCAAGGUCUUAACACAAAGUUUUAUUAUCCUUACAUCUCAAUUUAAUACUGGAGCAUGGAGUUGUAUGUCCCUUAAAUGACCAUUGUCACUGUCUGUGACAGAGGCAAGACUCAGUCCCAACCUCCCUCCAGUCCCCACCCUCUUGCCUCCCGUGCCUUGCCUGUCUUCCAACCUCUACUUGAAGAUCCUAUCUGUUCAAACUCCUCUUUUCAUGUGUCUAGUCAUGUUUUUGUUUAUUUUGUGUGUGUGUGUGUGUGUGGGUGGGCAUGUGCCAUGGUCUGCGUGGGAGGUCAGAGGACCUGGUGGAGUCAGUUCUCUCUUACUACCAUGUCGGUAGUAGGGAUUGAACUCAGGUUCUCAGGCAUGGCAGCAGGCACCACUACCUGAUGAGCCUUCUUGCUGGCCCUUCCAUUCUAAAUAUGGCAAGCCACCCCUUUCAGCUUUCUCUUCACCAAGAAAAAUACCCCCACUUUUUCCAUCUUUUAGAUUUUUUUUUACAAAUACAGGGGGGGUACAUUGCUCCAAGCUGGUGGUGGAUAAAACAGGGGCUCCAGCAGAGGCCAGGAAAGACAGUGUCCAACUAACUCAUCAACAGAACAAACUACAAAAUUGUCACUGUCACCACUGGUGACAGAAACACCAGAUGCCACGGAACCUAUAUCUAGAGACUUGACCUGAUAAGGAAGACUUUCUGGAGUGAUAGUUGAGCCAAGAUAUUGAGGAAAAUGAGAAACAGAGCAGGGAGAGGCAAGGGGCUCGUAUGUGCACAAGGGAUGCAGAGAGCAGGGCUGAAGGGAGCAGGGAUGCAGAGAGCAGGGAUGCAGGGAGCAGGGAUGCAGGGAGCAGGGUGGCAGAGCUGCCCAUAGCUAAAAACGGGGGAAGGGAAGGCGGAAGCAGGGUCGAGGGUCACCAGAGCACAGCCCGGGAGGAGAUCUGGGUUGCUCCUACAACUUCCUGGCAGCCCUGGUGAUUAAAGGCUGAGCCUUGGUCACCUCAUCUCAGGUCCAUUCCCAGCACAGCUCCUGCUGCCAUAUCUGCUGGUUAUAGAAGGGGAGGAGGGCAGCUUCCCCAUGGCACUGCCUUGUGUCCACCUAAUUAAUGCACUUGUUAUCUUCGACCCUCAGGACCCACCACACCUUACAAAGCCUCAGGACCAUGCUCCACCCUACCCCACUCACCCAGCACAGCCAAGUUAGUCAGAUGGCUUCUUGACUCCCAGCAACACAGCUCAAACACACCUUCCCAGGGAGCCCACUGUCCACUCCCUAGGCUUGGUCUUCCCUUAUGUUUCAGCCCCGAGUACCCUGAGGCUUCUUUCAUGACUGUCUCUCAUUCAGAUGACUUGCUGGCACAGUCUUCUUUGCAGCGUGGAGGUUCCAUGAUGUUAAAGCCAGGGUUAUGUCUCCCUCACUUCCAGCAUCCACCACAGAGGCUGGCAAUUCAUCCCUCAGGUGUGUGUAGUGAGCAUCAUGUCCACCCCCUUAGUCCCUGACUUCUGCUCAGUCAUAUGGUGAAUGGUGACAAUAUGGUGGCAGGGGGUGGGCUAGUAGACAAGGAACAAGCAUGACGAUUAAGACUGACAAAUGCAGUGAGAAAACAGGUGCACACUUGUAAUUCUAGCAUUUGGGAGGUAGAGACCGGAGGACCAGAAGUUCAAGGUCAUCUUCUGCUAUGUAAUGAAUCUGAGGUUAGGCUAGGAUACCUGAGACCCUGUCAGGCACAGGUGGGGCUGUGGGGCGGAAGGGCUGUGCUAGUCACCACUAGACGAUCAUUGGGGCAGGGAAGAAUUCACAAGUUGAGGAAGAUCACAGACACGAAUGUGUGGGGGUGUCUGCUCCCCCAGGCCUGCAGGUCUAGAGAGCAGGGUCAUGCCCUCCACUUCUAUCUCCGUGCCACUGAGGCAAUAGAGUCCUUGGUCUGAAUUUUUAAAGUGUGUCCCAUGAAUUGAUUUCCUCCCUUCCUAGGAGCAGGCCCCUCUACCAGCCCUGUGCCCAAGCCUUGCCCAGACACCUUCAUAUCUCCCAUCCAGGUUCUAGAUCCCCCUCCCACCCACUCCAUCCCUCCUUACCCCCCUCUGCCCAGCCCACUCCCCUGGCUCUGACCGUUUCCAUGCGUGGGUGCCAGCAUGUACCCUCUUCACAUGAGAUUUGUUGAUUUCAUAACCAUAAGUAGAUAAAACAUUCUGAGUGCUUCCAUGAGCAAGUAGGAUUGAGGGGGUGAUCUCACAGUGGAAAGGCCGGAGGAGAAGGGAGACAGCCCGUGGGGGUGCCACUGAAGCUCGAGGCUGCACAAGCCAGCACUACUUAAGGGCUGAUUUUCCAUUGCAUAAUUGUGCACCAUAAACAAAGGACUGAGGACUGCCAGAGAACCUUCUGGAAAGCACUCAUGGGAUUGCAAGUCCUCCAAUUCAAAAGAACAGUAUAAUAAGAAAAAUCUAGACUUUAAAGAGAAAACAGAAAGAAUGUGGAAGCCAAGAAACAUGGAUUUUAAUUCUGAGUUCAUUUCAUUCUGGCUGUGUGACCCUGAGCAAGUUGCUCACCCUCUCUGGGAAGGUGUAUAUAUAUUCUUCCAUUGAGCCAGAGACAUCAGGAAGCCUGAUAGCUCAUAAUAUGUUCAUUUUUGGUCUUCCUGAUAGCAGCUUAGCCUCCAAUAAGGGACAGCUAAUCUUCCCAAAAUGCAGUCCCAAAGAGACCAGGGAUGGAAUGAGAGAACCUGCCUCUUCAUUGCCAGUUGGUACUCAUGCUGUCAUGGGAAUGGGCUAUGCAGAAUCACUUCUUCAUGGGAGAGACUAUACAUCCAUGGUUACAAAAAGGGCUAGAUAUUAGUAAGGGCGUCCUAAGUUCUUCUCCCUUAGAUGGGUAAAGGAAGCGGAAAGGGAGCUGAAGUGGCAGCUUGGUUUGUUCUGAGUCCAGAGAGCAACAGUGAUAUGGGGAGGGCUGGGGAAGGUUUUUCUUUGCCCUCUGCUCUAAGGAUGGCAGGCCCUCCUUCAAGGGUCAGGUAGAAGUCAUCGUGGCUUAGUGGUCUCUGUCCUCUUCUGCAUUUACCUAACUCUGUGACUGUGUGAAGACGGCACCAGCCAUAAGUAAACUAAUGGGAUUAAAUCUGUCCCGGUAAAACUUCAUUUGCAAAAAGAAGUGGUGGACCAGAUUUUAUUUGGGGUCAUAGAAUUUUGUUCAAUGUGGCAAGAGAACAGUUUCAGUGUGUGUGUGGGGGGAGUUAAGCUUGUUCUCUUGCCUGCGCCUUGUUAUGUGGCUUUAGGUCAUUGUGCAUUUCUGAUCUUAAUCUCACCAACUAUAUAAUGAACAUAAUAAUACCAAUCAUAUUAGUCCUGAGAAAAUGUCUAAGAGGGGCUGACAGGAUGGCUAGGAAGGUUAAGGCAUUGCUGGCAAACCUGAUGACCUGGGUUUGGUCCUCUCCCAGGACCCAUGUGGUAGGGUAAAAGAACUGGCCUCCACACAUGCACACCAUGACACAUGCAUGUCCCCGAAUGAUAAGUAAAUGAAAAAGAAAGUAUCUACAAGAUCAGAGCGAGUCCCUCCAUCCCCUCACCCCAUCACUUUGAGUGGCGUUAAGUCUUCUACAGGGGUCACAUCCUUGCUUGCUGAGGGUGAUUAAUAGCCUUCUAGGACAGAAAUGCAUCUUUCAAUAGAGUCAGGUUCUUGGUCUGUCUUUCCAACCUGCAGUCCUCAGUGACCCCAUUUCUGGUGCAAGCCAAGCACAGGAGAAAGCAAGGGUUCUCUCUUUUCCACCAUCUACCCAUUUGGCAGGGUGCUAGAGUUCACUCGAGGGAGCACCAUGGCUGCAGUGGCCGGUGGCCAGGCUUUGCAGGAGGCCUUCGAGAGUCAGGCUGGUACUAGAGUCAGGAAGAAUAGGCUUCUGUGUUCUCCUAGGCAGCCCUGGAGGCUCCAUGAAGCAGUGGCAGCUGUGGUCCAGUGGGAACCCCAUUUGUUGCAUCGGAAAUUUCACGUUGUCAUCUUGUGCUCCUGAUUUCUCAUAUGGUCUCUGAAUGCCACAUCCUUUAGCACCUUUCCAUCUCUGAAGCCCUAGCAAGUGUUCAUUCUUUCUUUCAUUCUCUGGCUUCCUCCUUCCUCUCCCUCUCCUUCCCCUCAUCUCCCCUUCCCUUCUUCACAGACAUACUUGUGCAGACAAACACCACAUGUGCACUGACAGUCCUCUGUCAACAUCUUUGCUCCAAUUUCUGAGAAAAAGCAGCCAGGGGUCUCCAUGAUAUUCUGAAGAACCAAAUUCUCCACCCACCUUCCAGCUCCACAGGAGGUCUUCCUCCUGGAAAAUCUCUGAAAAAGAUACAUCACUUCUUCUCUAAUAGGCAUUGAGGGUGAUGUCCCUCUAGAGCCCCAAUAAAGCUAUGCAUGACAGGGGCAAGGGAUCUCAUGGCCUGUUCUUGCUGUAAAAAGGCCUUUUUCGGAAAAAAAUAAAGAAAGGAUUCAGCCAAUCCCUUCUCGAUGCCAUCACCUCUUCUUGGUGAUUUUUCGGGGAAGGAGUGGGUGGGUUUCCAUGGCAACAGAUGCGAGCUCUGCUCAGUAAAGAAGGGACCUUGAUAUUUUUUUCUCUCAUUCUCUCAGUUAUGUGUGUCUCUGUGUGUAUGUGCGUGCUACACAUGCCUGUGCCCACACCAGCAAUUUUAUUUAGAACGAAAGAAAGCCCUUCGCUCAGCUCCCCAAAUAUGGAGUGAUAGAAACCACUUACUCCUGCAGGCCAGAGAAGAUUCGGGAUGGUUCUAGAGAAAGGGUUCCUACGAAGUUGUUUUUCUCCACUGCAGAUACUGCAUGCAGCAGAGAGGACUUUGAAAAUUAUUAGAGGCUUAGAGUUAGAAAGAAAGAUGCUUGGCAGAGAAAGAUGAGCAAAGGAUAGAUGAUGUAAAAGCAAAAAAACAAAACAAAACAAAUGGCAUCACAGCAGGCAAGGGAAGGUGCACUGAGUCUCAGGAAGCAUGCAAUCAAUACAAACCAUCUAAUGCUAUGAGAAAAGGUCCAAGGCAGACUCAGGUAUGGAUACAGACACACAGAGAUCUGUAAAUAAUAUAUGUAAGCACAGAAUGCAUAAUUGCAUAUGACACAGGAAGGUAGAGACUUAGAAAAACACAGACAGAUAAAAAACACACAUGCACGUACUGGCAAAUGUAUAGACACACAAAGAUGCAGACCCCAGCUACAAAACACAUGGAAACAGAUACACAGAUGCAGAGAGACAAGUGUGUUCAGACAUACAGGCUUGUAUGAAGACACAGAACAUGCAACACAGCUUCAGUCAAGUACACACACACACACACACAUACACAUGCACACACACACACACCUUCCCUUCAAUUGCUCAAACAUCCUAUAGCAGGAGGGCAGAGCUGCAAAUGCUGUAUGCUCACCCAGUAAGUUUGGCUGGGAAUCUCUUGUACACCCCCACCCAUUCCUUCUGCACACACACACACACACACACACACACACACACAGACCCCCAAACCCCUCUCCCAACUCACUCCUUGCCCAAUUUCCCAUAACCAAAGGCUGUGAUGCCUCCCCCAUCUCAGACUUCCAAUUCUGCUCUGCUGCUGCUGCUGCCUGCCGCUUGGGGGGGAGAGAGUGGGGUGACUCAGCCAGGCCAGGAUGACUCACACUGACAGUAUUUUUAGCAGCGGCCAGGAGCUCUCUAGCGUGCCAGCCGCCCCCCUCCUCCUGCCUGCUAUUUCAGAACCGUCACUGGUGAUAUAAAUAGCUCUUCUCCCACGGCCUGAAGCUGCUGCCAGGCUAUUUUUGGUUCUGCAUGGUUAAAAAUAGUGUCAUGGAGGUGGGAGGCAAGAGGAGUGGGAGCUGGCCUAGGGAGAGGAGACAUUGGGGGCACACAGAGCUUCUCAACUUGAAUCAGAGUAGGUAAACUAGGAUGAUCCCUCUUCUUCCCCCUCCCUUGUGCCUUUCUAGACCCUUCUUCCUUCCAAAGUCUCUUAUCCCUAGUCUCUUCUCCUGGAAAAACCCGAGGAUUCUUCCCUUGAGUUGAAUUCUCUCCCCUAGUUUAACUAUUUCCUGGAUCCCAGGAGUCUUGACCCCACCCCGUAAAUAGCCCACAUAUAUUCUCAGGAGAGAGGAUGGCAGCCACACCCUGCCACCCUCAUCUACCCUGAGGCCCACCUCGACUUUGAUGUUACAGGCAGGCCAUGGACAAUCUGAUUGGCAAGGCAAUAUUCAGCACCACGGACAGUGGCCACCGUCCUGUGCUUUCACAGCAGAGGGGCUCAAACUGCCUGGAGAACCAACUGAACGCAGCAGAGAGACGCAACUUAUUGCGAAGCAGAUAUCAAGAAUGUCUCCUAACCAAGGCUUAAAGUAUCUGUCUUUAAGGAAGACAGACAGGCUAGGGAUGAGCUUCAGUAAUAGAAUGCUUGUCUAGCAUGCCCAAAGUCCUGAUCCUAUUCUCAGCACUGGGAAACAAACAAAUACACUGGUAACACAAUGGUUUAAGUAGAUGCUUUUUAUCUCUACCAAAUUGGUACAACACAUCAGGAUAGGGUCUCUACAACCAUGUACCUCUCCCUUCUCUCCCGCCUCCGCCUUUGGCAUCACUAGGGAUUGAACUCAAGCCUUGAGCAUGCUAGAAGUGUGCUCUACUACUAAGCCAUACCCCCUUCCUGUAUGCACCCUCUUCCAGCACCGCCUUCUCCUCACCCCACAUUGCUUCUCUUGCUACCACCCCUUUCCAUGAGGAAUGGGGGUUUUCUUGACCAUAAACUUUUCUCUGUGGUGUCAAAGUUCAUCUCUACCUCUAUGACUUUCCACAGCCAGGACUGUCCCUCUCUCCCGAUUUUUUAAAUGGUCUUGUUUUUUUCUGGCCCUAAAAGUGUGCUUACACAUUCCUACUCUAAAUGAAAUUUCAGGAAAAAAGUUUCCAUAGCCCAUUGCUUUCUCCUUUUAUGACGUAGUGGUAUAAAAAAAGGGCACCCAUUCCCUCUGUAGAGAGCAAUCAUAUAUACAUUGACGAGAGAAAGGGGACAUGUGAUGCAAAGGCACCCUAUGGCGAUGAGCCAGACAAAGGUAGAUAAUUGAACCAAAGGGGCAAUUUCCGGGGGUUUGGGGGUCCACAAAGCUGAGACAGACUGCCCAACAUUCAGUGGAAGAAGAAGAAAGAAAGGAAACACACACACACACACACACACACACACACACACACACACACACACACGGUGGACAGUGAAAAGGCAGAAUAAGGAGUCUUGGCGCUAAAAAUGAGGAAGAAAACUGGAGGGAGAUGGGAAGGGGAGCCUGGCAGAAUUAAAGGGUCUUGGGUAGGUGCAGCAGUCACGGAGGGCGCAGCAGACCCUGACUUCUUGGCGGCCUCCCCUUUUCCCCGCCGAAGCGGUGGGGGGAGCUCUCCGGAGCAGUGCGGAGGCCGGUAGGCCCCGCCCGCCGCCGCCGCCGCAGCAGCCGCCGGAGGAUUCCUGCCCUAAUAUGGAGCUGGGAUUCCCCCAGCCCCGCCCCCGCCCCCAGCCCGCCGGAGACACUGGGGCUCGCUAGAGGGCGGGGGAACAGCUCGCCUAGGGGACUGACAAGCGGGAGAGGGUGCGGGGACACCCAAAUGAAGACCCAGAUCCUCACCAGGGUCUGGAUCCUUGCCUCAGUUUCCCCCAAAGGUGGCUAAGGUUAAAAUAGAAGAACGAAGAAUCACUGCAGAGCACAGCGGUGAUGUUUGUGUUCCUGUGCUGCCCGGAGUACAAGGCCGAAUUCAGCUGGUCUCUUUCCCACUGGACCACCAUUCCACGCUGUCCUAGAUAUUUAGAUCCUCAGGCCAGGGCUUGAAGGGGAGGAAGGAAUUAUUUAUUUGAAAGUGACUAAGAGAUUUUCAGAUUGAAUAGACCCCAGAAAAGACCUCCAGUUGUGACCUACCCUCUCCCCCUAAAGCCAAGGAAAGUUCCUCUUGUGACUUUGACCUUUGCCUGGCAUAUAGAGUCAAAUUCGCAGAAGGACCCUGCCCCUCUCUAUCCUUUGCCUCCUUAGAAAAUCAGUGUUGGUGUUAGCAAGGUCUUGACCUUCUACAACUCUCCUGCCAAGGGCUUCAGACCACCCUAACCCGUGCACUGUUCCUCCUUCCAGUAGAAAACAAUGGGAAACCUGGGUCCCUGCAUUCCAUGCCUGGCUCUGCACAGCUCUCGCCAGCCGGCCCCCUCCGCAGCCUCCUUCUCCCCCUUCCCCCGCCCCCUCCCUCUCCUGUUCGACGUCACAAGAUGACGUAGGAAGCCUAGGAGGGAGGAGGAGCGCCCCCCCCCUCCCCAGCCAGUGGCUCCCGCUGCAGCUUGCUUUAGCCCAGCCUCCCGCCUCCCGCUCCCCCCUCCGCUCUAAAACGAGCCCCCCACGCCUGCCAGGAGCUAUAUAAGGCGGAUCGAGGCAGGCGAGGGGGGGCAGCGCUGCCGAGCGGAGCCCAGGAGUGGAGCGGGAGCGAGCGAGAGCCUGAGCGAAAGACCGGGAAGCAAGGAAGAGGAAGCCUCCUGUGCAUCGGGACAGGAUCGCAGGUGUUCGGGAGCCGGAGCCGGAGCUCCACAGCCGGCAAUCAUGUACCGAUCCACCAAGGGCGCCUCCAAGGCGCGCCGCGACCAGAUCAACGCUGAGAUCCGGAACCUCAAGGAACUGCUGCCGUUGGCUGAAGCGGACAAGGUCCGGCUGUCCUACCUGCACAUUAUGAGUCUUGCCUGCAUCUACACUCGCAAGGGUGUCUUCUUUGCUGGAGGCACUCCUCUGGCUGGCCCCACGGGUCUUCUCUCAGCUCAAGAGCUUGAAGAUAUCGUGGCAGCACUACCUGGAUUUCUGCUUGUGUUCACAGCUGAAGGGAAGUUGCUAUACCUGUCUGAGAGUGUGAGCGAGCAUCUGGGCCACUCUAUGGUGGACCUGGUUGCCCAGGGUGACAGUAUCUACGACAUCAUUGACCCUGCUGACCAUCUCACUGUUCGCCAGCAGCUCACCAUGCCCUCUGCUCUAGAUGCUGAUCGCCUUUUCCGUUGCCGAUUCAACACCUCCAAGUCCCUCCGGCGCCAGAGUGCAGGAAACAAACUGGUGCUUAUUCGAGGUCGAUUCCAUGCGCAUCCACCUGGGGCCUACUGGGCAGGAAACCCCGUGUUCACAGCUUUCUGUGCCCCGCUGGAGCCAAGACCCCGCCCUGGCCCUGGCCCUGGCCCUGGUCCUGCUUCACUCUUCCUGGCCAUGUUCCAGAGCCGGCAUGCUAAGGACCUAGCCCUACUGGACAUCUCUGAAAGUGUCCUAAUCUACCUGGGCUUUGAGCGCAGCGAACUGCUCUGUAAGUCAUGGUAUGGACUGCUACACCCUGAGGACCUGGCCCACGCUUCUUCUCAACACUACCGCCUGUUGGCUGAAAGUGGAGAUAUUCAUGCAGAAAUGGUAGUGAGACUUCAAGCCAAGCAUGGAGGCUGGGCGUGGAUUUACUGCAUGCUAUACUCAGAAGGUCCAGAAGGCCCUAUUACUGCCAAUAACUACCCUAUCAGUGACACAGAAGCCUGGAGCCUCCGCCAGCAGCUAAACUCUGAAGACACCCAAGCAGCCUACGUCCUAGGAACUCCAGCCAUGCUACCCUCAUUCCCUGAGAGUAUCUUCUCCCAGGAGCAGUGUUCUAACCCACUCUUUAUGCCAGCCUUAGGGCGUCCCAGAAGCACCAGCUUCCCCAGGGCACCUGAACUAGGUGUGAUCUCAACACCAGAAGAGCUUCCCCAACCCUCCAAAGAACUGGACUUCAGUUACCUGCCAUUCCCUUCUAGGCCUGAGCCUUCUCUCCAAGCAGACCUGAGCAAGGAUUUGGUGUGUACUCCACCUUACACACCCCACCAGCCAGGAGGCUGUGCCUUCCUCUUCAGCCUCCAUGAGCCAUUCCAGACUCACUUGCCCACUCCAUCCAGCUCUCUUCAAGAACAGCUGACACCAAGCACCGUGACUUUCUCUGAUCAGUUGACACCCAGCAGUGCAACAUUCCCAGACCCACUAACCAGUUCACUACAAGGACAGUUGACUGAAACCUCAGCCAGAAGCUAUGAAGACCAACUGACUCCAUGCACCUCUACCUUCCCAGACCAGCUGCUCCCCAGCACUGCCACAUUCCCAGAACCUCUGGGUAGCCCCGCCCAUGAGCAGCUGACUCCUCCCAGCACAGCCUUCCAAGCACACCUGAACAGUCCCAGCCAAACCUUCCCAGAGCAACUGAGCCCCAAUCCUACCAAGACUUACUUUGCCCAGGAGGGAUGCAGUUUUCUCUAUGAGAAGUUGCCCCCAAGUCCUAGCAGCCCUGGUAAUGGGGACUGCACACUCCUGGCCCUAGCUCAGCUCCGGGGCCCUCUCUCUGUGGAUGUUCCCCUGGUGCCUGAAGGCCUGCUCACACCUGAGGCCUCUCCGGUCAAGCAAAGUUUCUUCCAAUACUCCGAGAAAGAGCAAAAUGAGAUAGAUCGUCUCAUCCAGCAGAUCAGCCAGUUGGCUCAGGGCAUGGACAGGCCCUUUUCAGCUGAGGCUGGCACCGGGGGACUGGAGCCACUUGGAGGGCUUGAGCCCCUGAACCCCAACUUGUCCCUAUCAGGGGCUGGACCCCCUGUGCUUAGCCUGGAUCUGAAGCCCUGGAAAUGCCAGGAGCUGGACUUCCUGGUUGACCCUGAUUCUUUAUUCCUGGAAGAGACGCCAGUGGAAGACAUCUUCAUGGAUCUCUCUACUCCAGACCCCAAUGGGGAAUGGGGGUCAGGGGAUCCUGAGACAGAGGUCCCAGGAGGGGCCCUGUCACCUUGCAACAACCUGUCCCCAGAAGAUCACAGCUUCCUGGAGGACUUGGCCACCUAUGAAACCGCCUUUGAGACAGGUGUCUCAACAUUCCCCUACGAAGGGUUUGCUGAUGAGUUGCAUCAACUCCAGAGCCGAGUUCAAGACAGCUUCCAUGAAGAUGGAAGUGGAGGGGAACCAACGUUUUGAAUAAGUCUGUGACUUAACGUCGUCAAGUAUGGCAUAUUGUCAUCAAGACGUGGAGCCGCUCUCCACCCCCCCGGGACUGUUGGGGGGAUUCUGGGGGCCAGAGGGGGAUAUAUCUGAUUCUCCAGGCCCCGAAGGAUUUAGGGGGGAGGUGGGAGGGCAAGGGAGGGGAGCAACUUUUUAAAAUCAAGGGACUUCGAGCGAUCCCAGUUUCCAUUUCAAUCUGUAUUCACUCGUAGUGAGCUUCCUUGAAUGGAUUUCAAGCGGAGAAUGGGGGAGUCUCACUUCCCCACCGCGCUGCCCCAUGGGCUUGGGCCAGUUCUCCAUUCCUAGGGACCCCUGGGUUUUGUUGGAGGAAAGGCAUGGCCCAUCUGGGGCUAGCCUGUGCCCUGAGGGGCUCUUGACACCCACGUAGAAUUCUCUACAAAGCAGUAACGGGAUUUCAAUUCCGAUGGACUCUGCCGCCCCGGCGGCCCUUCCUGUGACUUUUGCGCCCCGCGCCUGGGGUGGGGGGCGCGAACAGAUGCUACAUUCCUUUCCGAUGGAGGAAGGCAGAUCUGCCGUCACACGUGUGCUUGCACGAGUGCGUGUACCUGGUGCGGGACUCACCCGGCCGCCAGACUGCCUGGGCUUGCCCAGGUGGCCACCUCGUGGUGCUGCGGUGACUUUGUAGCCAACUUUAUAAUAAAGUCCAGUUUGCCUUUUUGGUA